AUGGCGGUGAGGAUCGUCCUGCUGAGGAUCGUCCUGCUGGGGAUCGUCCUGCUGGGGCUGCCCCGCGGAGCCCAGCCACGCUGCUUCUGCCAGGUUACUGGUUAUUUAGAUGACUGCACCUGUGAUGUCGAAACCAUCGAUGCCUUCAACAACUACAAACUUUUUCCUAGACUGAAUGAACUCCUGGAAAGUGACUAUUUUAGAUACUACAAGGUAAACCUACAGAAACCAUGCCCCUUUUGGGAUGACAGCAGUCACUGUGGAAUGAGAGACUGUGCUGUACAGCCCUGCCCCUCUGAUGAAGUCCCUGAUGGAAUCAGAUCUGCAAGUUACAAGUAUUCAGAGGAAGCCAAUAACCUCGCUGAGGAAUGUGAAGAAGCCAAGAGACUCGGAGCUGUUGAUGAUUCUUUGAGCAAGGAAACACGGCAGGCAGUGCUGCAGUGGGCACAGCACGACGAUUCCUCGGACAGCUUCUGUGAGGCUGAUGACAUCCAUUCUCCUGAAGCUGAGUAUGUGGAUUUGCUCCUGAAUCCAGAACGUUACACUGGCUACAAGGGGCCGGAUGCCUGGAAAAUUUGGAACAGUAUUUAUGAAGAAAACUGCUUCAAGCCUCAGAAUGUAAAAAGACCUUUGGCAUCUGGCAGAGGAGAUGACGGAGGGCACACGUUUUACAAGUGGCUCAAAGGGGUGUGUGUGGAGAAAAGAGCUUUCUACAGGCUCAUCUCUGGUCUCCAUGCCAGCAUCAACAUCCACCUGAGUGCCAGGUACCUCCUGCAAGAUACGUGGUCGGAGAAGAAGUGGGGCCCCAACAUCACAGAGUUCCAGCAGAGGUUUGAUGAAGUCCUCACCAGAGGGGAAGGGCCCAGAAGACUCAAGAACCUUUAUUUUCUGUACCUGAUUGAACUGAGGGCCCUCUCCAAAGUUCUGCCCUUCUUUGAGCGCCUGAGUUUCCAGCUGUACACUGGGAAUAAAAGCCAGGAUGCAGAAAUGAAACACCUGCUGCUGGAAAUUCUCCAUCUGGCCAAGUCUUUCCCGCUGCAUUUCGAUGAAAACUCCUUCUUUGCAGGGAAUAAAAAGGAAGCUGCUAAACUAAAGGAGGAAUUUAGGCUGCAUUUUAAGAAUAUUUCCAAGAUCAUGGACUGUGUUGGCUGCUUCAAGUGUCGGCUGUGGGGGAAGUUGCAGACACAGGGCUUGGGCACAGCACUGAAAAUCCUCUUCUCAGAGAACCUCAUUGAAAAGAUUCCAGAGAGUGGCCCUUCCUAUGGAUUCCAGCUGACCAGACAAGAAAUUGUGGCCUUGUUCAAUGCCUUUGGAAGGGUUUCAACCAGCGUGAAAGAACUGGAAAACUUCAGGAAUCUCUUACAAAACAUGCGGUGA